CGUCAUUUUGACAGAAUGGCAGAAAGUCUAGAAAGUCAAUUACAAUUUAUAUUAAGUACAUGUUUUUAUUUAUCUUAUAAAAAUGUAAAAUUGUCUAUUCAUUAAAUCGUAAAAAUAAGAAACAGAAAAUAAUGUCAUAAAUAAUUUCCUUUAAAAUAACUAAAAAAAGUGAAUUUCAUUAAACGAAGUAUAUUAUAAAAUUUUAUUGCGUCGUCAAAGUGAACGGUUGCAAAAAUUGUACGUGUCGUGUUUGCAAAUGCAUCGUUAGUUUUACACAGAGUUCCUGACCGUAAUACGGUACGGAUGUGAUGGAGGAUUACAAAUUUCUCUUUAAAGUUGUACUCGUAGGAAAUGCGGGUGUCGGCAAGACUUGCCUCGUGCGCAGAUUUACCCAGGGAUUAUUUCCUCCAGGUCAAGGUGCAACAAUAGGUGUUGAUUUUAUGAUUAAAACUGUAGAAGUAGAAAAUGAGAAAGUUAAGCUUCAAAUCUGGGAUACUGCUGGUCAAGAAAGAUUUCGAUCAAUAACACAAAGUUAUUAUAGAUCAGCUCAUGCUUUGAUUUUAGUAUAUGAUAUUUCUUGUCAACCUACAUUUGAUUGUUUACCAGAUUGGUUAAGAGAAAUUGAAGAAUAUGCAAGUAAUAAAGUUCUUAGGAUAUUAGUAGGUAAUAAAAUUGAUCGAGAAGACAGAGAAAUACCAACACAUGUAGGAGAAGAUUUUGCACAAAGACAUGGAAUGUACUUUUUAGAAACUUCAGCUAAAGAAGCAGAAAAUGUAGAGAGAUUAUUUAUGGAAAUAGCUGCUGAACUCAUGGAGCAAGCACGCAGUAAAGAGCUACCUAGAUAUGAAACAAAUACAACUUCAAUAAAUGGAAAAACAACAUCAAUUGGUGAUACAAGUAACUGUGGUUGUAGUAGACUUUCUUAAGUAGCUUUUAUAUCUAUGAUUAAGUCAUUCAACAAAUGCAUAAUUUCAGUUGCUAAAUAUGUAUGUAGAAUAUUAUCAUACAGUUUUUAUAGAAUAUAAAGAUUGAAUUGCAAUAUUAGUCAAUCUUCUAUAACUAAAUGAAAAGAAUUUUAAUAUUAAAAUCUUUGAUAUUAUAUGUUAGCAUCUAGUGUUAACAAGCAAAUUAUAUUGAUAAUUUUGUUGCAAAAAAUAUUUAAUAUCUGAAAUUAAAAUUAAUUUUAAGUAUGUUGAUAUAUACUUGUCUCUGAAUUUGUUUUUAUAAAUACUGACUGAAGUUUUUAUAUUAAAAUAUUUUGCAUUUAAAUGAUAAGUUAAAAACAUAUUGUUUGAUGUUGUAUCCAUAAAUGGAAGUUUACUGUAUAUUUUAUAGUAUUUUUUGUUAUGUCAGAAAGUACAAAUAAGUAUUUCAUAUUUGGUGACUGAAUAAGAAGUCAUUAUGAAUAUAAGAUUUUUACUAAAAAUUAUAAGCCUAAUAUUGUCAAAAAUUUUCCCAGAUUUGCAGUAUAAAUGUUUAUAAUACUGCUUUAAGUCAACUGAAGUAAACUGAAAUUUGAUAUUAAAAUGCAAACAUAUUUAUUUACGUUAUCAUAGUUAAUGUAAAUUAUUAUAAAUAAUUUUUUACUUUAUCAUUGCUUAUUAUAAUGGGUGCGCAAGACUUUCCCAAUAUAUUAUUAGCAUUUGCACAGCCAAAGUUUUGUUGUAUUUUCUAAGAUUUUAUAUUUAUGUGCAAUUUUUAAAUAAUAGAUAAUUAAUGCUUGUUCCAUCUUUAUAUUAUUUAAAAUUUAUAAUUUAUAAAUUUUUAUUAUUAUUUAUGAAUAAGAUAUUUCUUA